AACAUUGGCACAUUCAUAGUUGAGACCUCUAUUCGUCUCUAUGGCUCUAACCAACCAAUUCUAGGAUUUUACCCUGCGUUUCACCCUACAAGCGUUUUCAUACUUGUCCUCGCUAGCGUUUAACUUUUUUCCCAACGAGCUAGAGAGAACUUAAGGAGAGAAGACGGAGGAGUUGGCACUUAUUAUUGGGAACAGUUCCUAUUAUGAUGAACUUUGGCAGGUAAACGGAUGAAACGAGUGGGAGAAGACAUCGACACCUACAGACAGAGAAAAACUUAAAGGCUAUGCCUCAAAAGUAUCUGCAAACUGAAAGAAGAACUGUUUAUCUCUAUGUAAUGACUUAAGAGUCUAACUUAACUAUACUUUCUGCAGUUUAAGGGGUUCCUUAGAAUUUCACCUAGGAACUGGUUAACCAUAACCAUAAUGUACCAGGUGGUCCCAGGAGGUGCAGGUGGCACUGUUAGCAAUGCUACAGCCAUCAAGCAAAAAAUGAAGAGGGACGCUCGGCCCCUAGUUCUUGCUAGUGUCCUUGGCUUGGUGCUGGUGGUUGCUGCGGUGACAGCGUGGUGCUAUUACAUUGGUUCUCUGCGCAAAGCUGAACUGCUCAAGACAGAACUUCUGGACCUCAACAAGGAUGGCUACAUCAUUCGUAACCAUGCAGGUUCUAUUGUCUUCAGAAUGUCUUUUAGGUCUGGCACCUUGGACUUAGACUCAUGUUCUAAGGAGGGGGAAAUACUGAGCUGUGGGCGCACCAGUGAUAGGAAACUGAAGUUCUUCAUCCAGACAGUGUUUGACAAUACAGUUCAAUGCUACCGUGUACGCUGGGAAGAACUAGUUCCCGACCUGCCUGUGGAGCACGCAAUGACCUAUAAUGUCUCACAUUGGUAUGGUGGUGCUGAAACUGCUAUACAACAUUGGCCUAUCUCAAUUUCCGGGCAGCAGGCACCAAAACCCUUUGUCACUAGUGAUGUCUACUUAAACCGAAACGACUUUGGAGGAAUCUUGGAGCGCUAUUGGCUUUCGUCCAAUGCCACAGCUAUUAAGAUCAAUGACUCUGUGCCCUUUCACCUAGGAUGGAAUGACACAGAGAAGACCAUGUACUUCCAGGCCAGGUACCAUGACAGCCCCUUCAAGCCAAGUCCUGGUGAGGUACCUUGUGCUCAACUCAGCUACAGAGUCUGUGUGGGCUUGGACGUCACGUCCAUUCACAAGUACAUGGUGCGCAGGUACUUCAACAAGCCCAACAAGGUGCCGUCCAAAGCCAUGUUCCGUCAUCCCAUCUGGUCUGCAUGGGCGAAACACAAGACCGACAUAAAUCAGGAGAAACUGUUGAAGUUUGCAGCCAACAUCCGUAAGCAUGGGUUUAACUGUAGCCACUUGGAACUAGAUGAUCGAUACACCAUCCACUAUGGGGAUUUUACUUUUGACUUGGCCAAGUUUCCCAAUGCUACCGCAAUGUUCCAGAAACUCAAAUCAGAUGGCUUUCUGGUUUCUCUCUGGACACACCCUUUUGUAAACUAUGACUCUGCAAAUUUUCACACCUGUGUAGAAAGAGGGCUGUUUGUCCGAGAACCUACAGGUCGUCUUCCAGCUUUGGUUAGCUGGUGGAAUGGCAUUGGGGGCAUUCUAGAUUUCACCAACCCAGAAGCCCGCGAUUGGUUCGCCUCCCAUCUGCGGUCCUUACGAUCCAAAUAUGGUGUGUCCUCUUUCAAGCUCGAUGCAGGGGAGACAAACUACCUGCCCUGGCAAUUCAGCACAAAGAUACCCCUUGGUGACCCAAGCACAUUCACUCGUCGCUACUCCGAGAUGGCUAUUCCCUACAACGAGCGGGCUGAGCUGCGAUCAGGCUACCAGUCCCAAAACAUCUCCUGCUUCUUCAGGCCCAUCGACCGGGACUCUGUUUGGGGCUAUGAACUAGGUCUCAAGUCCCUUAUUCCCACAGUGCUUACUAUCAGCAUUCUUGGCUACCAGUUCAUUCUACCAGACAUGAUUGGCGGCAACGCCUAUCUGAAUCGCACCGAUAGCGAGCGUACCUUACCGGACCGUGAGCUCUACAUCCGCUGGCUGGAAUUGUCAGCUUUCAUGCCAUCAAUGCAGUUUUCCAUCCCCCCCUGGGAGUACGAUAACGAGGUGGUGGAAAUCGCCCGGAAGUACACUGCUAUCCAUGAGAGCAUUGUGGCUCCACGGGUUCUGGAACUGGCUGGCGAGGUGAUAGACACUGGAGACCCCAUCAUACGGCCACUGUGGUGGAUUGCCACUGGCGAUGAGACCGCUUAUAAGAUUGACUCCCAGUUCCUGAUAGGUGAUGACCUCAUGGUUGCGCCAGUACUGGAGCCUGGAAAGCAGGAGAGGGACAUCUAUCUUCCAGCUGGGCACUGGCGUAGCUACAAAGGAGAACGAUUUGAUAUUAAGGAGCCUCUGCAUCUUACGGACUACCCGGUAGAUCUGGAUGAGAUUGCUUAUUUUACUUGGGUUUAGUGAAAAGGGUAUCUAGACUGGACAUGCUUGAAUUUGUGCAAAAUCAGGGCCACACCAUUUUUUUUUUUCUUCAAUGUUUAAAAUCACUGAGUUAAAUAACUUUCCUGCAGGUGUGUUUUCAAUGAAUAUGGAAUGUGGAUAUGCAUGUGGAUUACAGUUAUCGUAUGUAGCAGUUCAACUGUAAGAAAAUUGUAUGCCAAACAAAACUCCAUCUAGCAUAUGCAUAAAAACUUCACACAGCAAUAUCAAUUGAAAGCAAGUUUUGAAGGGACACCUUGAUUUACAAAAAUAUUUUUUGAUUAUUGACCUAUAUACAGUAAGUGAACAAUAUACAGUAAUCUACUCUUGAUAAUGAAUAGAUGCAUACUGGCUCAUAAUUCACAAGUUUGGAAAUCACAGCACAGCAGGAAACAGCAGACUACCGUGUAGUAGUAUAUCACAGGCUUACUAAACCCUAUUCUUAACUUUUUGGGCAUCAGAACGGUUGCUGGUGAAUGGAUGGUAUUUUACCUGGGAGUUGGAACAGUUGAGAUGGCAGAAAAAGCAUAGGGAGAUGGAGGGAGCCAGUCAGUUGAUGUCAGAGACCGUUAGGUCUUUGGCCCUAGCAACAUCUAUGUCCCCCUCUACAGACAUACUGGCAAUUAUGGAGUCUGGCAGGCCUGAUGUUGGAAGGACAAGUUUGAGUGACAGAGAGACACUCCCUAUGGUUUUGAAAUAAUGGUCAAGUCCCUGAUCACUUUUCCCGUUCUGUACUCCAUAGUGCUUUAGACCCUGUAGUAGUGAUGGCCAUUCGAGGCUUCAUUACCACAAUAUAUAUCACAAUAAAAGCCAUCAUUGAUAUAUAUAAGGCAAUAUAGUUAAGAAUCUAGUGUUGUCAGCCUACAGACUAGAAAACAAUUCUACAGACUAGAUUAUUAACUAUAUGGCCUUAUACAUUUCAAUGAUGGCUUUUAUUGUGAUAUAGAAAAUCUGAGUGCAGCCAGCAUAAUAUCCUGCUGCUAAAAUAAUGCUAAUGAAGCCACGAUUGGCCAUCACUACCCUGUAGUGUCCAGAGUUAUCCAGACUUGUGUAACAUAGGAGUCUAUAAAAUCAAGUGCUGCCUUAUGAGACGUUCGUCAGCUGUCAAAGUAGUGUUCUUUUAUAGCAGUUAGGAGCCACAAUAUGGCACAAUAACUAAAAAUAUGUCACAAAUGUAGCUGCACACAAAUUAAAACUAUUUGUUUUGGCCGUUUCGACUGCACCUGGCUUAUUCCAUGACUCACAAUCUUGUAGCCUACCCUACAUCCUAAAUGAACCUGCUAAACAUAUAUGGAAUAGCUGAAGGAUUUUUCUUUCUGCUGCUCAGAAAUAGGAAGCAGAGAUGCCAGCUACACCAUGUCAAUCAAUUGUUUAAUAUGCUUUUGAGUAGAUGUAAGAAGGGAAGUCUAGGGGAAUGACCGCAGGACCUAGCUUUGUAAAGAGCAAAUGGAUGAAUGCAUACACAAGCUGUUAUCCAGAUGUACACAUUAUUGUGGACUGUGUCAGAUACUUUGUGAAAAGAGAUUCUAGAGAAUCACCCACAUGCAUGUAUAGGGAAUGGUGAUUAAGGAAGCACUCAUCUACAUAAAAAUAACUGACUCAACACAGAGUGCUUAAAGUUGAAUUACCCUUCUCAUUCUUAAAUGACAAACUACCCAUUUACUUUAGUGUCAGUCUUGUAAUAUCGUAUCCUCAAACCUUUGGCUACAUACAGUGCUUUUACAUUUCAGUCAUUAUUGACUUGAAAUAGAUGGUAUUAAUGUUUGAUCAGGCAGUAAUGAAAACUCAAUAUUUGUUAAAUUCCUAAAUGCAAUUUAACAAAUGCAAUACUGCCAUAUUCCCCAUGGUUUGACAGUUAUUUGAAUAUCAUUGACUAUGUUUGUUACUGCAUUUGGUGAGCCAGUCAUUUGGAGACCUUAAGAUAUGUGUACAGUAGGUAUGUGUGCUUUCCCCAUGUCAAAUGUAGGAAACCCAGGGUGCUUUUGCUUUUUUAUCUCUGUGACAUCCCUAUUUAUUUAUUGUAGUUCACAUAUCCACCUAGUCUACACAGUCAUUGACUAUCACCAUUUCCUUAUACGAUUAGCUAUAUCCUUCCCUGGAAGUCCUUCUGGAACCAGUUUCCCACAUUCCGUUUCUCAGAUUCAUUCACUGCUUGGAUUUACCUUUUUUGAUCGGAUUGUAGUCCGUGUCUACAUUGAGGAGUCUAGGCCAAAAAGCACAGUAUGCCAGAGAGCAAGGCCGUACAUAUGCACGUACAGCAUGGUGCACGUACAGACCUGUGCUGGAUUAGGUGGAUGGUAUGUGGGACAGAUUAAAUGUGGGAGAGUGGCUGAUUUGCAUUAUUUAACGUGAUUCAUGUUCAUCUCCAUGACACGGUGUGGACAGUAAGAAUAACGUUACAUCUAGUCAAUGAAGGAACACACUGACAGCACUGAAUGUAUGACCCACAGCGACCAAGGAGCGAUUCUGGAAACCUUCUCUACUUGGUGACUUUAUUUUCUUUGUUCUCUUUGUUUGACGCUCUGUUUGCGUGCAAGUCCUUUUCGUGAUGCAUGAUAGAAUUGUAGAUGCCCUUUUGAUAUUCUCAGCGUUUGAUGGCUAACGAGGUUGCAUUCUUCAGUAAAUACAACUUUGACAUUAACACACAGGACUGUUUUCCAAGGUGGUGGUAAUCUUCUCACAAUCACAGGACUGUAUAAGCCACAGUUGACUGUGAAGUUAAGAACUAACACUUAGUAGCGAUUAACAUUCAAUUUUCUCUGUAUUUAUAUGAACAAUACAGUUUAAUUAAUGUGGCCUUUGUCUUUAUUGCAUAGCCUGGUUGUCUUAAUAUGAACAUAAUGUAUGAACAUCUUUCAUUUGGUAGAAUGUUAUUACUUUGUGCCUUGGUUAAUUGUUGUUUUCACAUGUAUUCAAAUUAAUUUAAAUUAUUUGCCUUAGUAUUUGUGUAGUACAGCAAAAUGGGUACCUUGUCUGAAGUGUUUCAAUUGUUUCUGCCGCUUUGCCAACAGAAACAUGAAAUUGCUAACCUUAUGCAACCGAAGAACUGGAGAUUUGUCAAUAGGUCACCAUUUCAUAAUGUUCCUUGAAGGGGCACUGCAUUGUAGCUUCCUGUGCCACAGCUCAUCAUGGACUGAUGAUAAUGGCAAAGUGAUGAAGCAAUUCAACAAGUUACAUUGAUGCUGCCUCCUAUCAAUACAUCAUUGGGGCUGGAGGGAAGAGCCGUGGACUCAGGGAUGGUGACCUCAAUAAUAGAGCAAAUGUACAUAUUGGGCAUUUAUGACAGCAAUAGUCUGGUUUGAUAGGGAAUUCAACACAGUCCACACUACUGAAAGUGCCUACGAGGGACUCCAUUUUGUCUGUCAAUGACUCCCCUCUCUGAAAUUGAUUCAGACCCAUGGUCUCGGCUGAGGAGACACACACAUCGAUUUACUGUCUGUACGUUUCAGGAAAUCAAUACAAUUUGUACAUUUUCUUUUCUGCAAUGAUUGUUUUGUUUGGUUCAUUUUGUUUAUAGCACAGAAGAUAGACAAGCAACUUUACUUUUGGAUUUUGGAGUGUUAGUGGGAAAAGACAAACCAAUGCUUUCAAAGAUGGACUUGAGGCCUAUGUACUAUUAAAAAAGGGUUUAGUAAUUAUUAACAGAGAAAUGUUUGCUCAGAGAAAAAAAAAGUUAUCUGGAUUUGCUUCAUUUAAAUGUGUUCAAAAAGCAUGCCGUUAAAAAAGUCUGUUUAAUAUGCUGCUAAAUUUGAACAAGUAUUUGUGAAUAAAAGCAACAACUUAAAAGUA